ACUGUUCUUCAUAUCGAUUUAGAUAGAUAUUUUAGGGCGUUGAUAAAUAUCGGUUUUCCGAUUUAUAGUUGCCUCAACACCGAAUUGUUGCGCCGCGACGUCGGCGCUAUGCUUCGAUAUUAAAAUGGCGGAUGUCCCAACUAUAGAAAGAAAAGUAAAACUUACUAAAAAUGGCAAAGUUGUAAAAAAACGGACACGGAAUCCUGAAGAAUGGCAUAAACAAAAACAAAAACGCUUGAGAAUAGCUGGUCUCGAAUACAUUAAUGCAAAUGGAAAAGUUGUACCACCAAAACAACCUGGCCCUGAUUGUAACUGUCGCCGAAGAUGUUUUCAAAAAGUUCCAGAAGAUGUAAGAAUAAAAACAUUUCAAGGAUUCUACUCUAUGAAAUCUCAUGAUGAGCAAAAUGCAUACUUAUUUGGUUUAAUGAGGCAAGUAGAUGUUAAGAGAAAACGAGUUAAAUCUAGUAGCCGUAGAACAUGUACUUUUGAAUAUUUCGUAAGAGUGAAGGGGCGGGAGACUCAAGUAUGCCAGACGGCUUUUAAAAAUAUUCAUGCUAUCACAGAGAGAAAAGUAAGAGUUCUCUGUAAGAAAAUGGAUGAUGGAGUCAUGUUUCCUAGUGAUAAUCGAGGCAAAAACAGUCAUCGGCGAUCUGGGGAAGUUCGUUUACCCUCUGGUGUGGUUGAUCAAAUUAAAAAUCAUAUAUAUUCCAUAGUUCACACUCAUCGUUUAAAGGAUUUUAUAAGACUGGAUAAGAUUGCAGGCUUAGAAAUAAACAUUUCUAAAAUGUGGAAAGAUUACAUUAAAGCAUAUGACCCUGAUAAUAUCACAGCAACACUCCCGAAAUCUAAAAGAAAUGUAGAAAUCCCAUUAGUGAAUGAACCUAUUACAGUUCCCCCACCACCACCACCACCACCUCAGGAGCCAUCAUUUGCCCCAAUAGCAUAUCCUGGUAGUGGUCAUCUUGUAAACAUUGCUGAAAACUACUUUCAGAGCCAGUAUCAAACUACUGCAAUAACUGCUAAUCCUUCAACAAACUUUUAUCAAACACAGAAUGGUAGUCAAACUAUGGGACUGCUUCUGCCUACUAGGCCUGCACAACCUGCUUAUAUUGUAUUACAAACGAAACAAGAACCUCAAGCAAUAGCCAUUGAUAAUAAUGCCUAUGAUCAAUCUGCUGAUGUUCAUUCUAAACCAGAAAAGGAAAUUAAGGUUAAAACAGAAAAAAGAAGAGGGCCACUAGUUAAACAGUGGAGGUAUACUAAUAUAUUCCAUGAUGAAAUUAAUGGAGCAGCUUUAGCUGCAAUCAAGACCAGAUUGGGCAUGUAUUAUGCAGAAAGUGAUGCUGCCAGAAAAAAGGCUAAACAACAAGCACGACCUUCUGAAACUGUUCAAACACAAACAUCUCCUGAGCAAAUAAGACCUACACACACUUUGACAAUCUACACUUAAGGUACAUUUACUAGUGACAGUAACAAAUUUGUCAAUGAUAUUUUGGUACAAUAAUUGGAUGGAGUUCCCAUUAAAUGUAGUUAUCAUUUAAAGAUAUCAAAGAGAAAAAGCCUGGCGUCAACAACAGGCAGAAUGAAUCAAAGGUAUGUUAAAAUAAAUCACAUUUGUUGUGUUUAU